AUGACGUCCACAAAGACUGGGCCACCACCUAAGCCUCUGGUCGCCCCUAGGCCUCGAGGCGGGAGUGCUCCAAGACCUGAAGCCCGAUCAGCAGGUACCGCCGAAAGAGCUGGUAGAAAUGAAAGCCUAGGAGACAUGGUUCGAUUCUUCCAGUCUCAAAAUAUGCCCUCUCAGUCCCUUCCUCUAUCUCAACCUCCAUCUCAACCUCAACCCCGCUCUCGCGCUCCCUCUCAAUCUCAACCCUCAAGUCCUUCCGAUACAACCACUGCACUCCCGAUUCCUAUUUCGCCUAAAGAGUCGAAACAAGAAUUGAAACCAGAAUUGAAGCCAGAUCCGAAACAAGAUCUGAAACCAUUUCAUCGUCGCCUGUUGCAGUUUGCCCAGCGCCAAAAGAAGGAAUCAUCUCCCCGGUCAAAGCAAGAAGACCAACAGCGCCAAAUCGAAGCACUAACAAGGGGAGGAUAUCUAAUUCCACCAGCUUUACCUUUACCCAAGGAGUCAAAGGGACAAAAGGAGGCAAACCGAUCAAAAGAAAGCCUAUCACUUUCUCUCUCGCGAUCUCUUUCUAAAUCAAAGAAAGAUGUGGAGACCAUUGGACAGCCAUGGUUGCAAGCCAAAGUCGAUGACAGCACACUACCAACUGAGACAAGACGUCACUUGGGCUCUCUGGAUCUUGGUGACUUUGGCUCAAUGGUCGACGUCGCAGUCUCACUCACUUCCGAUUUCGACGAUUCUGUGCCACCGCCGUAUCAACCAACCGACCACGCCCCAUCCAAAUCCCCAGCACCUAUCUCGACAUCAAGUUCUAUGGCAGACCUCAAUUCUCGAAAUAUCACCCGGUCAGCUUCCUCGUUGGCUUCUACCAGCGAUUCCCAUCGGAACGCGCCAAUUGGUGAGCAAAUCCAACGGCCAUUGAACUCUUCAGAGUCGAGUAUCCGUGCCGAACCUGUCUCACGGGUCACUAUCAAUCCAUCCGUGGGUGUGAAUGGGUCAAGUUCACAGCCUAAACUGUCCAUUGACAGCCAAAAGCGAAUUCAGCCAGAACAAUCUUCUACUCGAAACGUGACCCCCUUGUCGCCUACCUUGAAACUUUUCCCCGACGUUGCACCUCCUCGGAAAUCUAGCAAAGUCGCAUGGAGAAAUUCAUCAAUUCCUCGGUACCAAACAGUCGAAAAUACCACAGCAUCGCCGGCAUCUCUGGCAUCGAGCUCAGGAACUGUACAUUCUGAUAACGCACGCAAGGCUUCAGAUGACCCAAAAAAAUCAACCGAAACUCUUGUAGAUGCACCAGUCAGCGAGGCAGAGCCGAAGUGCUCAGAUACCCUUGCAUCUUGUGCGAGCUCUUCUGCAACGACACUAUCUAUAGAAGACGCCACAAAGGAUUCUGCCUCGCAAGAUAAGACCAAAAUUCGACCGCUCUCGUUGUCAUUGGGCACGUUGAAGGCAUUUCCUCUCCCAGCGCCUACAAGGCCCCUGCCAUCACUGCCCAAAGCUAAAUCCUCGCCAAGUACUCCGGACACGAACGCUUGCUCUAUUCCAGCGAUUACUCCGGAGCCAUUGCCUUCCAAUCUGCGUUCUACUUCGGCAACGCUGGCUGAAGACCGGGAGACCGAAUCCGCUGUUGAUAGUCCUUGUGCCCUUGACUCGCGCCCAGCAACCGCUCUUGACAGUAUCGAUGCUGGAGCGUCAACGGCCGAUACAAUGGCCGAUGACGAGGACAGCGUGUUUACCAUUUCACUUUCGGAACACUACCAGCCAACCCCGGAGCAUUACGCUCCGAGAGGACGUGUUUCAAGCGUGCGCAUCCCGCGGAUGCAAGAACUCCCCGAAAGCCCUUCAAGUCAAUGUGAUGCAAAGGUCUCAGAGGGGCAGCCUUUGGCCGACUCUCCUGUCCUAGGACACUUUGUCCCUACAAAAUCCAAUGGCAAACGUGCUGUUCCGAAAGGACUUCAGAUCAAUUCUCAAGUCAGUCGAAACAACCUUCCAUUUGGUCUACCAUCACCUCCACCCACUGCAUCACUCCCAUCAGCUCCACCUCCUCAGCACCCGCCUCCUCCGCCACCUGGGCGAAAGGUUGGCCAACGCAACUACACUGCGCCUAAUAUGGCUAUUGCACCAUCGAUGAAGAACAUGGAGGCGCAUCCCCUACCGGGGCCCUACCGAGGCUCGACCUUAUCACGGAGUGAUAGCUCAGGGAGCAGCCUUCGACAUGAGAGUUUCCCCGAAAACUACCAACAAAGUCGCCUUGAAUCUCGCCCAGAGUCUCCACUUCCGUCAUCAGACGAUGAGGUCUUUGGUCCAGAAAUAGACGCCAAACAUUCGCGCCAGGAGGCCGACAAAUACCACCGCCUCCAGCCAACACGCCGAGUAUACGAGACAAGGGAUCCACGGCAGAUGUCCUCCCGCAGUCGACUUCGUUACCCCAAUCCAGCGCGCCCUAUGACACCCCAAAGCCGCAGCAUCCACAGUCUUGAGAAGACCUCGUCUCCUCAGUCACAGUAUUCCCAAUCAACUCACAGAUCGAGGGAGUCUCAAAGCAGUCAACACACCCGCCCUGGUCCUCAGAUGGAUCACUACCUCGAGGACCGGGUCGCGAACCUCGAACGCCAGAACCAGAUUCUACAAGCCGCUCUCAUGGCGGCGCUCAACGCCGGAGUCAAGAAUCCUCUCGAGGGUCUCAAUCUCGACCCUAACAUGUCAUCAGGCUCCUCACACGCUCCCUUUGCGCACCAAUACUCUGGUCGCCACACAUCACGACCUGACAGCUGGGUCAGUUCUUCUCGCAGCAGUGACCACAGCGGGUUUGAGUCUUCCAGCUCCUACCGAGAGACCCGGCCAAAUGUCAGACAGCUGGACAACAUGAUCGAAGACAUCGAGUCUGGUUGGCUGUCAGACAAGUCCAGUUUAAGCGGAACUCGCAUUGCCCGCAAACGAUAG